CGAGGGACGACGGCGUUCGAGUCAGUCUGCGUCCGCCAGUCGUCGCGACGUCCUCGCAUCGCUGUGACUUGCGCCGAUUCUUCGUUCAUACGUGAAUAUCGCAUAUAACGAGGGACCGACGUCAACGGCCAAAGUCUUUGCAGGAUAUUCUCUCUGUAAAUUCGAUACCAUUGAACCAGAGUUAUAUUCGAUACGAACAUAUAUCGAAUAUAUUUUUCGGAGGUUCCGAUCUCACGAUUUAAAAAGAAAAAAGGAAAGGAAAAAAAGCAGGAACGACUAAUAAUUUUGCUUUGAACUCGUUUCUCCGAGGAUAGACUUUCGUGCAAAGAGGGGUGGUUGGAUAUACUUUUAAAAAAUAUAUUCGAGCAGAAGACAGGAUUUCCGGAACAGUCGCGAACAUCGCGAUUAGUCGCGAUUCGUCGUAAAGUGCCACGAGGACACUGAUCGAAUUAUCACGAGCGUGAUUAAUCGAUAUACGACGGAAGAGUGUUUUCACGGGGGUUGUUCCCCUGGCGGAUCCUCCGCUUCAAUCGUAAAACACCGCUGAUUCGCCAUUCUUGGUUACCUUGUGCUAGUAUUUCGUUCUUUGCCCCUGUUUCACCCCUUUUUUUCGCACCUGUGUACCUAUGCCAAUCGCUGACUUGUCACUACACUAGGUGAGAGUGAGAUCAACCGAGAAGGAAAAGAACCGAAGGAGAAAAAUAGAAAACUCGAGUCUACUCGUGGACCUCUUUUCGAUUUUUCUCUUUUAUUUCUCGCCACCCUCUUGAAUCACGAACGAGUUUCUGUGUGCGCCGCUGGAUGAACCGUCAACUUUGAUAUUCAACUCGAUAUUUAUCGGCAAUCAUCGUUCGACGCUGGAGCAUGGUUGGGCACGUAGCUGGAGCGCGUAGAGAAAAGUGACGGGCGACGUAGUACAUAUGUUAGUGUGAAAGUGAGCCGAAACGAGCGAGGAAAAGUGCAAGCUGGCAAGUCUACGGACUUCUCUUUCGAUCUUCGAUAUCCUGUUCGUCCGAGAAAAAUAAUCGAUUCUGUUGACGAUAUCAAGGAUUCUCUUUAAGACGUCGAUUGAGGCUGUACGAGCACCUCAGCUGUGCAUGUCCGAGUUUGGUGAUUCACUGAAAUCGGCAAGUGCGGCUGCCACGUCCAACUUCUGCAACCCCGAGAGAGCUUACGCCGCGUUGCAGUGGGAAUUUUAAACUGCUGCCUGGCUGCCCGUUCGACUGGGCUGGACUUUAGAGCUGGAGAAUAUACAUGGUGAAAGUUUUGGCGAUGAAGAUGAGCAAAGUGGGCAACCAGACCAAUUCGCAGGACCCACAGGCGGUGAAUUCCCGAGUUUUCGUCGGGAAUCUAAACACGUUUCAGUGCAGCAAGACCGAUGUGGAGCGAAUGUUUCAGCGUUACGGCCGUCUGGCAGGAAUAUCUAUGCACAAAGGCUAUGCAUUCGUGCAAUUCACAAAUCCCUUUGAUGCUCGGAGCGCCUGCCUCGGCGAAGAUGGCCGCACCGUUCUUAGUCAGAUACUCGAUGUCAACAUGGUGGCCGAACCAAAACCCCAUCAAACCGGACGCAAGCGACAGAAUGUAACCAAAACUGGCAACGAUUGGGACUACUACUAUGAUAGUUACUAUGCGUCGACUGCUUUUCCACCCCGUUUGGCACCACCACUGAAAAGACCACGUCUGAUGCCACCGGCUCGAUCGCAACAUCCUAAACAACAGAAACAGCAACCAGCUGCGAACACGGCCACCGUUCCGGAUUUGAACCAAUUGAAAGUCUACAGCAACCCGGAUAUCCUGAUCUGUGGCAACUGUAGAGAGAUGUUUACAGACCUAGGCGAGUUGCUCGAGCACAAGCGGAAUUACUGCAAACUACGGUUCACAUGUAAAUGUCACACCUUCAAUGGAACAGCCCCAAGAGAUUCUACAACAGCUCUGCUCUGCGUUCUCUGCAAGGUAUCAUUCCCUUCAGCAUGGGAAUUGAUGGUUCACGCUCAGGCAGCACACAUGAUCAACAUUUACGAGCUGGGAACUCGACCCCAGAGUCCCAGAUCUGCUCCCAGCCCUCCGCAAAGUCCAAACCAACAUCAGAAGGAAUCAUCGCCGUCACCGCAAGAUUUUCAAGAAACCAAAGCAUCGGAUUGCGAAGAACGCGCAGAAGAAGAAGAUCUGGAUGGACACGAAUUAUUGCCGUCCCCUGACAGCGGCAAAUCAACGGACAAUGAAGCAGCUUUGUCUCCGAUUAAGAUACGAUCUGAUGUAAAUGGACUGGACCAUGAAGAAUGUGACGAGCUGAUUCACGUUGAAAAUACCACACAAGCUUGUAUCAUGCAUGCCCUCAGCAUUGACUCGUCCUUGGAACUCAACUCUGACACGAACUCGAGGGGAAGUUCUGGCCCAGUCAUGGCGUUGACUAAUGGAUCCUUGUCCGCGAAGGAAUAAGUCGAAAAAAGAAUUAGACAUUGCAACACGGUUUUCCCUGUCCAGGGACUCCUGUACCAACGCCACCAAUGAGACAUAUCGAUCUCCUUUAAGGAUAACACACCCCUCUGUAUAUAGCUAAAUGCCUAACAAAUAAUUCAGGGUCGUCUCAUGCCAGAUCUGGGACCUAUUUUGGCGAAUUUAGUAUCGAUGGAUUUCGAAUCGCCCCGAGGAUUCGACGAACGAGAAAGAUUUAAACCGUUUCGCUUCCAUUUACGUCCAUUUCAUCGAUUAAUCCUCUUUCUUUUUUCUCCUGUGCUCCCUUCUCUAUGAAAUCUAGUCUUCAAAAAUGGAUCGAUAAAGCGCCGAUUUCUUUAUUCGUUCUUUCUUCUCUCCUUUUUCUUCUUUUCCCUUAAAAAUUUCGCUCUUUGCACACGUAUUUUCGCAACGCGUAUAAAAUAUGACAGCCAAACUCGAACUCGAUAACAUUCGUGAAACACAUAGUACGAGAAUUCUAUUCGAUGAAAAUUGCACUUGACGAUCGAACAUUCGGAAAAUUUCAUCUAGUCACGGUAUUAUUCGUUAUCUGUGACGCGAUACUAACUCUCUUAUCGAUUUUACCGUAAAAAUGAUUGCCGCGUAUAGUAGGGAUAACGUUGCGUAAAAUGUGUUUCAGAAGAUUCGUUAAGAUUUGUCCAGCUUGCUAUCUAUCUCGCGAGACGGGCAAAGAUUUUUUAAGUAGACGCCACAGAGGAUUCCUAAGUAGAGUGCAACGUUAAUGGAUUCUUUUUCUAGCGUCGUUGAGAAUAGGUGAAAACCAGGCCGUCCGUUUGUGGUAGCGUUUUAUGAAAAUUACAAGUAGUCUUCCGGAGUCCCGGCACCGGCGUAGAUCGCACAGUAACGAGAACGUCCGUUGCUCUCUGAGAGAAUUAGUUAAUUAAUCGCGUUCCUUUUUAAUUCUCCGAAGAAAGCUACGUCUGGAUUUUACUCUUUAAAUUGCACCGUGCUGAAUCCAAGAUUAACUCCAAUCGAGUAAUACGGUUGCUCCUGUAGAGACCUUUAAAAAUAUAUCACGCCCAAUAAAUACAUGCUCAUACGACACAGUUAAGAUUAUGAAGGAGGAAAUAUUUAUUGAUAAAUUCAAUUGUCCAUUUAAUUUUUUAAUUACUUCCGGCGGGCGCUUUGAUUCCGUGCAGUGAUUCAUGCGUAUAUUGAAAAGAAGAAAUAUAGAAUUACGUAUCUUCAUAGAAUAAGGACGAAGUCCAUUUAAUUUCCAAUUAGUUUAAAAGCUUAGCCAGAGUUUCCAUUCCACAAUUGGAUAAAGUGAACAAUUUUAACGCAUUUAAAUUUAGAAGAAUAAUGUUUGCCUCUUGUAUAUCGAUCAUUGCGAUAACGUCUUUUAUACUUCGAGGAAAGACAGCUGUGCGAUCUCCGAUCUACAAAUACGAUUUGUAAAUAAAUUGAACUGUUUUUCGUAUAUCUCAUAGCUCGAUAAUAAAAAGUCGAUUAGUUCUCGGCCGGGCAUGUUAAUCGUCAACGCUUAAUUACCGUUUAGGACGUUGUAAAUAUUCGUGUUAACCUUAAGUUAGCGUAAAGACGGUAGCAGUUACGUUUCCUAGGAUUAAUUAGGGGAAAGAUUCGUACGAACCUCGGAACGUUUUAAAUCGCCGGAAACGUUCUUGACUCCGCGGGCAGUUUCGAUCGCAUUGAUAUAAAUUUUGCCUAAAUCUGAUGCUGAUUUAGCGUCGAGCUGACCGCCACGAUGCAUAAUGAUUAAGACAUUUUUCGAUCCGGUUGGUAAUAGAUGGGUGACAAUGACUGAUCGUAAAAGAAAGAAAGAAGAAACAAAGAAAAGAAACAGAUAGAAAACAAGAAAUUCUAUUAUAAUUUCCAAGGUAGAUAAGAUCCGCCAUGUGAAGUUGAUUUUAUAGAAUUGACAGUAUGUGUGUGUGUGAGAGAGAGAGAGAGAGAGAGAAAGAGAGAGAACACGAGAGGGAGAGAGAGAGAGAGAGCGAGAGAAAAAAGUACACACAAGAGAACAAAGUGUCGGUUUAUUAAUCGCGAGGAAAAAAAAUACGGUUAGCAUAUCAAACGUGUAUUUUUGAUGAGAACGUGUGUGAAUGCGGUUUCUUUUUCUCCAGCGAAAACGAACAGAGGCAAGCAUCGUCCAAUUUAGUAUAAUCGAUUAGAAAACGAAAAUCUACUUACGGUUACUGGUAAUAACUGGCUUCGUCGUGAAAAACGCGACGUACAUGUAAAAGAUAAUAGCGUCAUGAACUUGGAAUUGGAUACGGUCAUCUUUGAUGUUGUCCAACAUAUCGUGCUCGUGAUUGCAACUCGCAAGUAUGUUUCUUGAGAAUUUUGUCGUUCUUCGUGUACUAUUAUUUAUAAUUAAAAUCUAUAUACAAAUAUAAAUAUAUCGAAUCAUCAUUUGGCAUCUCUUUCCGUUACGUGAUCGUAAAAGAACAAUUUUUAAAUAUUUAAGAAUAUUUUCUACAACCCUGUGAGUUAAUUUAUGAAUAUGAUAUGAGUCUUCUUACGACUGUGGUUACUCGCAAUCACAUGUAUCGAUUCUAGAGUUACAGAUUCUUCCUUUCAUUGUACGUAUAUAAUAGUUAACAGCAGAGAAAAAAUCAUAAGUGUAACACUUUUCAGUCUUAAAAGUCGUACAAGCUUAUUUUACUAUCGAUAAAAAGUUUCCAUCUUACUGAAAAAAGGAUCAGUGGUCAAAGAUGAAUAACGUACAUGCAACGAGAUGGAGUUAACUUUAUAGGUGUCAUUAUCGUUGAACAUCGUAAAAUUCUAUCACUCUAAAUAUCCAGCUAAUCCUGGACAUACCGAAAUGAUAAGCGUUCAUGAUGAUUAUUCCUCGAAAAACUUCGACUCGAUUUACGACGAUCGAUGUUUAAUUAGAGAGAAAAGACUAGGGCUGCGAAUAUCCGUACCACAGAUUUCUAUUUCUCUCUCGUAUACAUAUAUGUAUAAAGGAUCUGUAAGGAAAUGUAUGAAUUUCGGUUUAUAACAUAAUGCAUCUACCAAAACGAAGAUAAAUACGUAUAAGGCAUGACCGAUAUUCGUGUACCUUGAAACAACAAUCUGUGAAGAAUUCUAAAUGACAUUGAUUGAUGUUCCAAUAAGAAUGGAAUCGCAACGGAUGUAUGAAAUAUAAAUAUCAAAAUUUUUAUGGAAAUUUUUUCGACGAAGUGGUCGCAUUAGAAGUUUUGUGGUUCCAAGGUACUAAAGGACUUUGCUUGUAAAGAUUAAACGUUUUAUAUUUUAUAAGAACACGCGGGUUUUGCCUAUGCUAAUUUCGCUAAGCAUAAUAUUUAUUAUCGUAGGCGUAUAUGUAUUAUUUACAUAAUUUAUUACGUGUAUCUAUUAUUGUAAUAUUGUAAUGUAAUUAUCCUAAUAGAGACGAAAUGAAAUAGCCUGAUGGGGUAUAAGUAUGAUGAAUCACAUCGGAAUCGUUACAUGCACCGUAUCAAUAAUCAAAGAAUAUUUACACAUCAAUUAUUGAUACGAUGUAGGUAACAUUGACUAUAUGUAUUUGUAAUAUUUCUACAGCUUAUUACUAUUAUUAUCAUCAUCAUCAUCAUCAUCAUCAUCAUUAUUAUCCUUAUCAUUAUUAUUAUUAUUAUUAUUGUUGUUGUUGUUGUUGCUAUUAUUAUUAUUACUAUUAUUGUUAUUAUUUAAUCUUGUACACAUAUUCGCAUAUAUUUUGAUUAUCCGAGCAGUGAUAAGGCUUUAGAGCACGAUUGUUUGCAUCAGACAGGAAUGACGAGAUUUUUCCGUGAUUCCGUAAUUGAGCAAACAUGAUCAAGAAGUUGCGGAUAACUUCGACAGCCCUAGAGGAUUGCAAUCAAAUUAGUGAUCUCUUCCUCGACAUGAGAAAUGAGAUUUUCAACAUAACGGGUGUAAUUUUAUUAUAUAUAUUUUCUUUCGGUGAUUAUUUGAUCAUUGAAAUUUUGAAACGUUUCGUGUCAAAGCGACAGUCUAGUUUAAGGAAAAGAUUCGUUGAAUACGAGGAAAUCGCAAACUAUAAUACUAUUGGAAAAUUUUAAUCGAUCAAAUCGUACGUCUCUUUACCCUAUACGGUUGCUGACAAGAGUUCUUCCAUUUCAUCGUCACACUUCCAGGUUCAGAUAAAUAAACCAACUUCAGAUAUUACUGUUCCGUUUGCAUCGUCGACGAUUGAAAAAAAAGAGGGGGGCGAAACGACAGUUGAACAACUUGAAACUUUCUCCCAUCAUUGUUUUGUGAUUUUCUUAAGUAGAGAAGGUUGCGUUAAGUAUUAAGAAAAGUCCACCCAGCAAUUUUCUUCUAUAAAUUCUUCGAUAGUUAUUUUCCAGUAAUAUGUAUAAGAGACCAAACUCCCGUAGUUCAACGAAUUCGAAUCAUAUCAGAUCGUAUAUUGCAAGCAUUUCUCAUUGGAGCCACGAAGAAAGCGCUGAUCGUGAUAAAAUGACAAGCUGGAUUCUUACUUGACGAGGAAAUGCGUUGCCGUACCCUUAGCGAUGUGUAGAUUAAGCUACCUUAAUCAUUUACUAAAGAGUGGUUUAUAUAGUUUAUCUGUAUGCAGCGAGUAUACCUGUAAAAAUAAAAUUAUGGCUACAAGAGAGAAAAAGAGAGAGAGGGAGAGAAUGAGAGAAAGAGAGAGAGAGAGAGAAAGAGA